CGUCACACAAAGGACGUUGCUGACUGCCAAGCAACAAGGAGGAAGAUGCUGAGGCGACGAACGAGACCCGGCGAGAACGGGGCUGCUGGCGACGAAGGUGAUGGUGGGCAAGGCGGUGUGAGGAGGGAUCAGCCCAAGAGGCAAGAGAAACAGGAACAGGGUGACGACAAACAACAGCAACGGCAACUGCAAGAGGGCGGAGACCGCGAACGCGAGGCCACGACGAGGCGGCAAGCUGCGCAUCAACAACAGCAACAAAAGGGUUCCACAUGGACUGUGGAGAUUGUGCGGGGCGUGGUGUUGUUGGUCAUCUUCUUUGCCAUCUUCCUUCCGCUUCAGUGGUAUGUCCUCGACCCUUGGCGUGGCAUUUCGAACGCAUCUCACGAGUCAGCUCGCCAGAAGGUCUUGGACGUCAUUUGCCCUCCAGAUGUUGACUGCAAUCACGGUGACAUCAAUCUGGACAAGCUCGCACCAUGACUUUGAGGGCCGCCUUUUUCUUGGGGUGUUUAAUGUGUCAAACGAGGCGCACAAGCACACUGAAACGAAGCAGCAAGCACUAGUCGAGUUCGGUAACCCUUUUCACUCCUCCUCAUCGUCUUCCUCCAACUCAACAACAUCGUCGUCGUCUUCCUCGUCGAUCUCCUCCACCCCACCAUCAACGUCAUGGUCCUCGUCGUAGUCACCUUCGUCUUCAUCGUCGUCACCAACAAUGGACUCCUCUCCAAGUUCGACACCCUCAGCGUCGUCAACAUACGCGGUAACAUCGUCGUCGUCGUCGUCUUUCUCAUCCUCGUCAUCACCAUCGAUCUCCUGUUUGCCGUGAUCAGUGGAUGGUGGAUGGCGGGCGUGAGCGGAGCAGCCGCAGACGUCGAGAUGAAGGUGAAGUUGAGAGCAAACAGACAGAGCCACCAGUAAUCGAGAGCGCUCUCCCUACCACCACCAUAACCACCAUAACCACCACUACCACUGCACCACUGCAUGAGCAAGGCCAUGUGUGUGUGUGUGUGUGUGUGUGUGUG